AUGUUCUUCAUACUUCUCAAUGCUCAGCGCACCUUCCUUCUCCCCUCCCCCCCCUUUUCCCCCGCACUUUCGCCAGUAGCUCUCCCCCCUCUAACUGACACCUAUCAGUGGAUUCUCCUCUUCCUCACCCGAUCACCUUCCUACUCCCUUGCGCCUCCCCCCAUUCCUUCCCCCCUCCCCCCAUUCCUUCCCUCCUCCCCCCAUUCCUUCCCCCCUUCCACCAUUCAUUCCCCCCAUUCCUUCCUUAUUCCCCCAUCCCUUCCCCCAUUCUCCCAUUCCUUCCCUCCUCCCCCCAUUCCUCCCCCCCUUCCACCAUUCAUUCCCCCCAUUCCUUCCUUAUUCCCCCAUCCCUUCCCCCAUUCCCCCAUUCCUUCCCUCCUCCCAGAUUCAGUGGCACCCCUCCUCUCUCCGACACGGGCCAGUGGCUCCUCCUCGCUCUCAACAACCACCUUCCGACUCACGGUGCCCCGUCCCUUUCCCGCCAUUGUUUACCCUCUCCCACCAAUCCCCCCCCACCCUUCCCCCAGUGGCACGGUGGCACCCCUCCUCUCCCCGACACGGACCAUGGCACCCCUCCUCUCCCCGACACCGUGGCACCCCCCCUCAACAACCACCUCCCCGCCCUCUCGUGCGCCACUCACUACCUGUUCUCUUUCUGCUUCUCUCCCCGGUUCCCCUUCCCCUUCCCCCAGUGGCACCCCUCCUCUGCCCGACACAGGCCAGUGGCUCCUCCUCGCUCUCAACAACCACCUCCCCGCACCCCUCACCGCGCUCCUCCCUUCCCGCCUUCCCGCCUUCCCCCCUUCCCCCCUUCCCCCAUUCAUCCCUCCCCCCCCAUCCAGUGGCACCCCCCCCCUCCCUGACACAGGCCAGUGGCUCCUCCUUGCUCUCAACAACCACCUCCCCGCACCCCUCACCUGCUCGGCUCACUAUCUGUGCUCUUUCUGCUGCUAUCUCGGUUCCCCUUCCCCUUCCCCAUGCAGUGGCACCCCCCCUCUCCCCGACACCGGUCAGUGGCUCCUCCUCGCUCUCAACAACCACCUCCCCGCGCCCCUCACCGCCCUCCUCCGCGCCCGCCUAGUCGAGAUGCACGAUUUCCUCAUGCUCUUCAUGCUCCUCGCCUUCUCCGUCCUCUUCAACUGCAUUCCCCCUUCGGGAAUCGGGCUCGGCGCGCGCUACUGCUUCACCAUCGGGCUCAGCCGCUUGCUCCGGUUCCUAACCUUCGCUUCGACGAUCCUCCCGGCGGUUCGGCCGUGGUGUGCCGCGGCUAGGUUCGGGAGCACGAGCCCCAGGCACCCGCACCCCUGGGCUCAGAAGUAUUUUGUGCCGUAUGCCACGAAUCACGACAUGCUUCACCAAGUGAUUUCCACUGACGUGGCCUUUGCCCCCCAGGUGCACUACCUACCUGAGUAUCAACCUAACUGGGGCGCCUUUCAGUUCCUGGUGGACUUCCUUCGUCCAAUGGACGCCCGCGCUCACCACGGCGCCGCCGCCACCACUGGAGCCUUCAGCAGCUUCGUCAUCCGCCCCUACGGCGGCUGCAACGACCUUGCCUUCAGCGGGCACAUCAUUGUCGCAGCCCUCACUGCCUGCGCCUGGCAGAGCCAGCGGUACCGCCAUUUCGCGGACGAGUUUCGAAACGUGCCCAAGUUCCUGGCGUGCGUUGGGUUCAUGCUGCUUGCUUUCGUCGUGGAGGUUAUUGCGGUGCAGUUUGUCACCGUCGUUCUCGGCCUCGAUUGGCACAAAACCGUCACGCCUCUCCCUGACACGGGUCAGUGGAUUCUCCUCGGUCUGAACGACCGCCUCCCCGCGCCCCUCACGGCGCUUCUCCGCGCGCCCAUCGUGGAAAUGCACGAUUUCAUUAUGCUCUUUAUGCUCCUCGCCUUCUCCGUUCUCGUCGGCGCGAUUCCCGGCCCGGGUAUGGCGCUGGGCUCACGCUACGUCUUCAGCAUUGGGCUGAGCCGAAUCCUGCGGGUUGCAACGUUCGUGUCCACGAUUCUGCCCGCGCCGCGGCCGUGGUGUGCGGAGUCGCGGUUUGGUGACACGUGUCCCAGGCACCCGCAUCCCUGGGCGGCGAAGUAUCUGACGCCGUAUAACGACAAUCCGGACCUGCUUCACCAGCUGAUUUCCACGGAUACUGCUUUUGCCCCCCAGAUGAGCUAUCCGCCCGAGUUCCGCCCUGACUGGGGCUCGCUGCAAUUUCUGGUGGACUUCUUGCGUCCCAUGGACGCCCGUGUUCAUGACGGAGCUGCCGCCUCCUCCGGAGCUUUCAGCAGCUUUGUCGUCCGCCCCUACGGCGGCUGCAACGAUCUUGCUUUCAGCGGGCACAUUGUCGUUGCUGCGCUCACGGCUUGCGCCUGGCAGGUGGGUUAUUCUUAUCCAGCGCUCAAGGCCGAAAGGUAA